AUGAUUGGGCCUAAAGAGCCAUUCCGAAUUGCUUUCAUGGCCCCUAAAAAGGAAUAUAACAGCGUUAGUGUGGCGUCAACUGUGGGUUCGUUAAAACUCGCGUUGAGAUAUAUCAAGAACGUAUACCUACAAGGAUAUCCCUUAAAAGUAAAAUGGUAUGAUUCUGAUUGUAAUUCGAAAUCUGCUCUAACAGCGGCUGUUGAUGCUAAAGAGAAGUUCAAACCAGAUUUGUUUCUAGGCCCACCAUGUUCAGCGGGAAUGCGGGGCGUAGCACAAUUAGCAUCUCAUUGGAAUAUACCGGUAUUUGGCUGGGUUUCAAAUGACGUAGAUUUGAGAGAUCGUAGUAUAUAUUCAACCCUGGUUCGUUUACUGGGACCAUUAAAUCAAUUCUCAUCAUUAAUGAGAUACGUAUCAAGUAUGUUUUCAUGGAGAAGAUUUGCUAUGAUAAAGGAUGAAGAUGAUGCAUAUGGUGCUGUAAGUGUUGCUAUAUCUAAUGCCCUUGAUGCUGAUAAUUACACCUUGACCUCUACCCACAACGUCAUGAAGAGGAUGUCAGAUGAAGAAGUAGCUAAAAUAUUUGAGCAAAUUAAGAAAUAUGCCAGAGUAAUCGUGUUUGCCGUACCCUGGUUAAGUUUAAGAAAAUAUAUGUUAGUCGCUCACCGUCUAGGCAUGACAAAUGGAGAAUUUGCUUUUCUCUGUAUUAAUGGUGAUGUAUAUACUGGUCAAGCUCUAGAAGAUGACGUCAUGUCGAAUCGUGGUUGGAGAAGAAAUGAUGAACAUGAUAAUGAAGCCAGAUUUGCCUUUGAGUCAGUUAUACAUCUGGAUGCUUAUGCACCGUAUCUCUAUGAUGCGUCUAUCGUUUGGGGACAGCUGGUGAAUAAAACUCUGAAAGCUGGCAAGAACCCUAGAAAUGGCAGUCUUAUAUUCCAGCAGGCUCAAAUGGCGGAGACAAAUGGUGUAACUGGUAUGUUGAUCCUAGACCAGAACUGUGAUCGUCUGGUUAAUAUAUGGAUUCUAGACAUGCAAGAAAAUGGUAAAUUUACCGCCACAGUUAAAAUUUUUAAUACUUUGACUGGUGGAAUCGUCUUUACGCGACGUCAGCGUCAGUUAGCUAGUAUGAUAUGGCAGAUACGUUUUGAAGAGAUCGAUUUUGUAACAGCUUUGUUGUGUGGCAGUAUUCGGACAAAACAUUUCCCUAAUUUCCACCCAUUUCUAUUUAUAGGCAGCAUGGUCUCUGUAAAGAGGAUGUCUAAAAACAAUGUUAGCUUGACUAAAGAAGUUUUACAGGAGCUGAAUCAGUUAAUGGAACUAAAGCAUCAGAACGUCUGCGCAUUUGUUGGUGCAUGUUUAGAUCCUGGUAGAAUAUUACUUAUCUGGGAAUAUUGUCAUAAAGGCAGUUUACAGGAUAUUAUAUGGAAUGCCAAUAUUAAACUGGACCAGCUUUUUAAGUUUGCCCUAUGUCAAGAUGUAGCCAAGGGUUUGGAAUACAUACACAAGAGUUCUGUUGGUUACCAUGGUAAUUUAAAGAGUUCUAACUGCGUGGUGGAUAGCCGAUGGACGUGUAAAUUAACAGAUUUUGGGGUACCAAGAAUCAGAUGUAGAGAUGAAGCUGGCGAUAAGCAAUUGUGGACAGCACCAGAAGUGUUGAGAAAUGAACGUAAUGUAGAUUUCCUAAAAGUAGAUAUUUAUGCUGUUGGUAUUAUCAUUAAAGAAGUGUUCACACGUUCCAGUCCUUAUUCAGAAUUCCAGUUUCUUAGUUCUGUGGAAAUUCUCAAUAAAGUAAGAAAUUCUCAGCAUGGAACUUUUUUCCGACCAUUCCUGUCGCGCGAGGUACGUCAGAAUGUGGAAUUGACGUCAUUAAUAGAAGACUGCUGGGCAGACGAUCCGAAUGUUAGACCAUCGCCUUCUAGAGUUUUAAAAACACUACACAGAGUCAAUCCUUCCAAGUAUACUAUGAUAGAUAAUAUGAUUGCCAUGUUAGAGAAGUAUGCUAAUCAUCUAGAGGAACUUGUAGCCGAGCGAACCAGUGAGCUUGACGCAGAGAAAAAGAAAACAGAAAAUCUCCUUUACAGAAUGUUACCUCAGUCAGUAGCUGAGGAUCUAAGAUUAGGUAAAACAGUAAAAGCUGAAUUAUUUGACCACGUGACGAUCUAUUUCUCAGACAUUGUGGGGUUUACCAAGAUCUGUUCAGAGAGUACUCCUAUAGAGGUCGUAAAUUUAUUAAACAGUUUGUACACACUAUUUGAUGACAUCAUCACCAACUAUGACGUCUAUAAAGUUGAAACUAUUGGGGAUGCCUAUAUGUUAGCUAGUGGUUUACCGAAAAGAAAUGGUGAUCGUCAUAUAAAAGAAAUAGCUGAUUGUUCUAUGGAUUUAUUAUCUUCUAUAACAACAUUUAGUAUACCACAUCAACCUAAUAAAAAACUCAGAAUCAGAAUAGGAAUUCAUUCAGGUCCAGUUGUAGCAGGAGUAGUAGGUUUAGCUAUGCCUAGAUACUGUUUAUUCGGUGAUACAGUCAAUACGGGAUCCAGAAUGGAAUCCACCGGUGCACCAUUGAAGAUUCAUCUGAGUAGUAUUUCUGCAGAAAUGUUAUCGGAAUACGAAAGUGGAUAUUAUUUACACUGUCGUGGUGAGAUAGAGGUCAAGGGCAAGGGGUUAAUGACUACCUACUUCCUGGAAGGAAAACAGGGAUUUGAUAAAACUUUACCAGAGAUGGACGAGCCACCACCGAGUCAUAAUUAUGUGUAUCCGUUAAAAAGUAUUAUCAUUGAGGAAAAUCAGAACUCGCUAAACAACAUCAAACUCAAACCGGUUGGACUAAAACGUCAACGAGACGAAGGCUUCUGUCAUAAACGAGUUGACGUCACUACAUUUUGACCUUAUUACACGUGAUGUUAUAAAGGUUCGAAUAUUGCGAAACUUGGAGUGAGAUUAAAGACACAAAGUGGUUGACUGCGAUAACUAUAGUGUUCGUAAAGUCAACACAAAAUGAACGGAAGUCCUUUAAAUAAAAGGGAUACCUUUAAUGAUACUGUGUUAUACAUAGAAAUGUGAUAUGGCUUGUCUCCUGGGUGAUUGUAUAUUUCAUGUUCGGAACAAUUAUAACGGGAAACGAAACUCAAUUGAAGUCUGAUGUGUGCACGAAGUCGAUUAGAACAGAAGAUUGUUUAACACAUUCUUCGACAAUACACAGACUCUUAAAUGUCGACCUAUAUCCGGUUUGAUGACUUGAUAAUCGUGAUGUGGAAAAAAGACUUCGUAUUUGGAGUUGUUUUGUUGAGUUGAUUCAGGUUUAAACUAGUCUCAGAGAAAUAUGUGCAAUGAUGCAAUACGGUCAUGUUCAUGUUUCUGUUAUAUGGUAGCUUUAACAACACAUACAAAGCACUCUAAGUGACCCGAUUCAGUAAUUGCUGAUCUCAUGAUGACGAAUUUAUAGCAAUUCUUUCUUUCCCAACCCCGCCCCUUUUCGCAUGACAAUUUUUGCUGACAUUUUGGUCUAGAGUUUAUGAAUUUCCAUUUUCUGCCAUGUUUGUGGGAACUUCAUGAUUUUGAGGCGGAAGGAUCAUGCAGUAAACCUACAUGAAUUAGGGUGAUCAUCUAUUAAAAUGACGUCACUGCCUAUAGAUUUCGUUGAUCAGACUUGGCAUAUAAUCGAAAUGGUUAACCCCUUUCAAUAUUUUUAUCAGACGAUUGUGACAUAUUAGACUCCUUGGGGUUAUAAAGAUCAUCGGAAUGUUCAAAAGAAUGUUACAGGCCAUGAAAUGUUGACAGUGGGGAUAGAAUUAGUGGUCUAAAUCCUCAGCGAUUGUCUUGUGGUUAUUAUCCCCUUUCAAUAUUUUUAUCUGAUGAUUGUGACAUAUUGGGGUCUAUUUUUGUAUAAAAAUUAAAUUCCUCGGAGUGUUAAAAAAAAUGUGUUAUAGGCCACUGAUUUAUCAUUGAGGUCACAAGGGAGAUAAUAACUAGCCUCAGACUGUCCACUUAGUUAUAGUGUGGAUGUCUAUACAGGGCUGGGUAAGUAAACUAAGCAACGCUUAGGGCAUCAUUGGACGA